AUGGUGCUCGAGCCACGCUAUGGUGCUCGAGCCACGCUAUGGUGCUCGAGCCGCGCUAUGGUGCCCGAGCCGCGCUAUGGUGCUCGAGCCACGCUAUGGUGCUCGAGCCGCGCUAUGGUGCUCGAGCCACGCUAUGGUGCUCGAGCCACGCUAUGGUGCUCGAGCCACGCUAUGGUGCUCGAGCCACGCUAUGGUGCUCGAGCCACACUAUGGUGCUCGAGCCACACUAUGGUGCUCGAGCCACGCUAUGGUGCUCGAGCCACGCUAUGGUGCUCGAGCCACGCUAUGGUGCUCGAGCCACGCUAUGGUGCUCGAGCCACACUAUGGUGCUCGAGCCACACUAUGGUGCUCGAGCCACGCUAUGGUGCUCGAGCCACGCUAUGGUGCUCGAGCCACGCUAUGGUGCUCGAGCCACGCUAUGGUGCUCGAGCCGCGCUAUGGUGCUCGAGCCACGCUAUGGUGCUCGAGCCACGCUAUGGUGCUCGAGCCGCGCUAUGGUGCUCGAGCCGCGCUAUGGUGCUCGAGCCACGCUAUGGUGCUCGAGAUGCAUGUGUGCUCCCAAGCAAAUUGACAAUGUAUCCUCUUCGUUUCAAGCUCCUUCCCUUCACUCCUUCCUUUCCUCCUCUUUUCGUUUCUCCCUUUCCUCCUCCUUCCUUUCUCCUUCCCUCCUCCCUCCCUCCUCCCAUCCCUCCUCUAUUCCCUCCUCUCUUACCUCCCUUUCUACCAUCCCAUGCUCCCCUUCUUCCCACUCUCCUGCGCCUUUUCCCAGCCUCCCUACCCCAGCUACACCCCAGCUACUCCGCCGCCGCUGCUGGUGGCUGCCUGCCCUGCCCCGCCAUGACGGCUGCCUAUGCCGGCAGGGGUAGUGGUGGGUGUGGGAGAGGGGUGAGUGGGGCAGUGAAUUGA